AUGACCAAAUCGUACAGCGAGAGUGGGCUGAUGGGAGAGCCUCAGCCGCAGGGUCCUCCGAGCUGGACAGACGAGUGUCUUAGUUCUCAGGACGAGGAGCACGAGACAGACAAAAAGGAGGACGACCUCGAAGCCAUGAACGCGGAAGAGGACUCGCUGAGGAACGGGGGAGAGGAGGAGGAAGAAGAGGAGGACCUGGAAGAGGAGGAAGAAGAGGAAGAGGAGGACGAUGAUCAAAAGCCUAAGAGACGCGGCCCCAAAAAGAAGAAGAUGACCAAGGCGCGCCUGGAGCGCUUUAAGCUGAGACGCAUGAAAGCUAACGCCCGGGAGCGGAACCGCAUGCAUGGGCUGAACGCGGCGCUGGACAACCUGCGCAAGGUAGUGCCCUGCUACUCCAAGACACAGAAGCUGUCCAAAAUCGAGACACUGCGCUUGGCCAAAAACUACAUCUGGGCUCUGUCGGAGAUUCUGCGUUCCGGCAAAAGCCCUGACCUGGUCUCCUUUGUACAGACGCUCUGCAAGGGCUUAUCCCAGCCCACCACCAACCUGGUUGCCGGCUGCCUGCAGCUCAAUCCUCGGACUUUCCUGCCUGAGCAGAACCAGGACAUGCCUCCGCACCUGCCGACUGCCAGCGCUUCUUUCCCUGUGCACCCCUACGCCUACCAGUCUCCGGGGCUGCCCAGCCCGCCCUACGGCACCAUGGACAGCUCCCACGUCUUCCACGUCAAGCCGCCGCCGCAUGCCUACAGCGCCGCGCUCGAGCCCUUCUUUGAGAGCCCUCUGACUGAUUGCACCAGCCCUUCCUUUGACGGACCCCUCAGCCCGCCGCUCAGCAUCAAUGGCAACUUCUCUUUCAAACACGAACCGUCCGCCGAGUUUGAGAAAAAUUAUGCCUUUACCAUGCACUAUCCUGCAGCGACCCUGGCAGGGGCCCAAAGCCACGGAUCAAUCUUCUCGGGCGCCGCUGCCCCUCGCUGUGAGAUCCCUAUAGACAAUAUUAUGUCCUUCGAUAGCCAUUCACAUCAUGAGCGAGUCAUGAGUGCCCAGCUCAAUGCCAUCUUUCACGAUUAG